AUGACAAAUGGACCAGUACAGUCAGCAUUUGAUACCUAUACGGAUUUUCGCAACUAUACAGGAGGCAUUUACGAAGUUGGUCAUGCCAUCAAAAUCAUUGGCUGGGGAAAAACGGAAAACGGAACGAAGUACUGGACCAUUGCUAAUUCCUGGAGCGUCGACUGGGGAGAAAAAGAUAGUGUUUCGAAAAAAAGGAUUAACUAUUGGCAGACCUCAGCGGCAGGUCGGCGUGCAACUGGGAACCGUUGA